AUGGCCGAAGUCAACCCCCACCGGUCCACCGCCGAGAUCCUGUUCAAGGACGUUGUCGAGAGAAGACUUCCGACAGACCCACAGACCCUCAAGGACUUCUUCUUCGACCGCUGUAUCACCACCAAGGGCCAGGAGAAGCUCCUCUCCGUCUAUGACCUCCUCAUGGAAGGCAGGGACCCGGCUAUUCCCCCCGCUCAGCUCCAGGCCUGGGCCGCUGAGGGCGACCACGAGCCCGGCAAGUACAUCGGCACCUUCGACUACAACCAGUACAUCUGGAACCCCAAGGACGUCGACGCGGGGCUCGCCGCCCACGCCGAAGAGAUCAUGGACGCGCUCGCCGGUCCCGCUGACGAUGAUGGAUAUAUGGCUCGCAUCCCUGUCUUUAUGGAGGGUCAGACUCGUCUUCGCCACAAGAAGGAGGCGCUUGAGGCCAAGGGCGAGUAUGUCCGCACCGUCCGCGGCACGCGCUUUGGCUCUGUGCCCAACGUGGACCCGAAUGGACCCUCCGCGGCUGGCCAUACCAUCUUCUGCCCCGAUGGCUUCAAAGGCGUGCCCUUUAGCGAGAUCGCCCGUGCGAUGCAGGGUAUGGCCGGUGUGAAAGUCCACCUCUUCCCCCGCAAGUAA